AUGGAAGUGACUUUAACAAAAGAUGAUAUUUUUUUACCUGAAUAUCGUGGUAGGUUAACAGAAGGAAUCAGUUUCAAUAAAAACAUCAAUGCUGUUUUGUGGGUGGAUAUCAGAUUAGCUCAAUUACAUCGUUAUAAACUUGAUUCUUCAAAACAUGAAGUUCUUGAAUUGCCCGAAGGAGAAAGCAUGGGAACUAUGGGAUUCACAUCCGAUAAUGACGUUUAUCUCAUAGGUACCAAAAAUGGGAUCUCCAGGGCCAAUUUCAAUACCAAAGAAAUCACUUUCUUAAAAGAAUACCCAACAGAUAAUGCCAAAUUAAGAAGUAAUGAAGGUAAAGUCGAUCCAUGGGGUAACAUGAUUAUCGGUACUAUGUGUGAUUUCCCAUAUGAACACAAUAUGGAACCAAUUGGAACAUUAUAUAGAAUCAACUCAUCAUUGGAUAUGGAAAUCCUUGAAACCGAUUGUUUCGUUCCUAAUGGAUUGGGUUUCAAUGCUGAAAAAACAAAAUUUUUCUGGGUUGACUCUGAAACCAAUACUAUUUUCCAGUAUGACUAUGAUCCCCAAACCCAUGAAUUUUCAAAUAAACAGCCAUUCUUCAAAUUGGUUCAAUUUUGUGAAGGAGCUCCUGAUGGUAUGUUCUUAAGUACCAAAGAAGAAUUCUGGGUUGCAACUUUUGGAGGAUCUUGUGUUUUGAGAAUUAACAUGAAAGGGGAAUUGGUACAAAAAUUCAAUAUUCCUGCUAAACAAGUCACCUGUAUGACAAUUGGUGGGGGCUACUUGUGGAUAAACACUUGUUUGAUUGGAUCCACAGACUUGAAGAACAAAGCUGAAUUGACUACCGAAGGUGAUUUGGGUGGAUACUUGUUCAAAUAUAAACUUGACGAAGAUGUUGGUGAGGAAGCUCAAUAUUUGUUCAAUUUUCAAUAA